AUGGACCGGACUGGACCGGACCGGACCGGACCGGACCGGACCGCCCUGAACUGCCCCGGGCCGGCCAGGGGCGGCCGCUCCCAGCAGCCCUCGCGCCGCGGCCCCUCCCAGCAGCGCCCGCGUCGCCAUGGAGACGCCGUUUUGUGUCUUAAUUUAAGGGAAGUGGGAACACCUGAGAGCGGCAGCCCCCCCGCUGCGGAGAAGCCGCUGGGGAUUGCGGUGUCGAUGCAGACAGAAGCCAGCUGGCUUCGGGAGCAGCUCUGCAGGAGGGCAGCCCUGUCAGAAGAGUUCAGCCAUUUAGAUAUCCUGUGUGACUUGGAGUUCAAAGAAGAUUUUGUGAAGCUGUUCAGGAAGUCGCUGUGCACRCUCCCCUCUGUUGGGCUGCCUACUCUGCUGGCCUACAGACCACAGUCAUCCCGAGAAAACAUCCAGAUUGAGAUAGCGGAGGACUAUAUYCCAAAGUGCGAAUACUGCGGUAACGUGCUGAAACAGUUUCCUUCCUUUGACGAUGUUUGCCUGCCGUCAGCAGACUAUAAAUCGAAAUUCUGCUGCGAGCGUUACCAAGAGCUCUACGAGUUCAUCCUGGAGGAGAGGAGGAAGCGCGAGGCCGCCUGGAGCAAUCCCAUUUCUAUCGGCCCCCACGAGUCCCACGGCAACGAGACGGAGAGGCUCCUGGCGAAGGAAAGGGCCUACCAGAGGCGGCAGGAGAGACAAAUGGCCAAACAGUUAGCUUUCCUGGCAACGGAGCCGACAAGUUUACCUGAAUUGUCGAGCGAAAGCGAUUCCAUUUCCUACCUGCUGUCCCGGGAGCCGCCGUCUCGCAGCGGCUGGACGCUGCCGCCCGCCGCGAGCGCCGGCACGGAGCGCAGCGACAGCGGCAGCGACAGCGGCUGCGACGUGGCCGCGGCGGCCGGCGAGCUAGCGAAGGGCGAAGUCCUGGAAAAAUACUACAAGCAUGGAGGGAAGUUUCUGACCAUCCUUCCAGACAGAACAGCGCAGUUGUUCUACCCGUCGGGCAAGCUGGCGGUGCUGGUGGCGCGCGAGGCGGGCCGCUUUGCCUGCAUCGUGCAGGAGGACGGGGCGAGCGGCGCCGCGCUGCGGGCCGUCUUCCAGUCCACGGGCAGGAGCACCUGCUACCACCCCAACGGCGCCGUCUGGAUACACAUGGAUACUCAUGGCGGGCAGUACUUGGACCAGGCAGGCAACAGGGUGAGAACGUGGACAUGGCCGAACGCCGGAGUGUCGCCAGGGCCCCCCAUCCCGCUGAGUCCCAUCUUCAUAUCCCUGAACCGGCACGUGGGAGUCCGGAUCGUGGGCCAGGACAAGAUCACCGUUUCCUUCCUCGCCAUGGGGCAACAAGCCAAAUUCAACGUGGGAACGAGAGCACAGGGCCGCGACGUGGACCGGCCGCCUGCGCUGGCUGAGGAGCAGCUCCUGCUGCUGGCCUUCAGGAUAAGGAUGCGGCAGCUCUUCGACAAGCUGCGCGGGUGCUUAACCUUUCCUUCAAAYGAGCAGUGGGACAAGAUGAAGCCUCCAGCGUACCUUAGCAGCCAGGCCUUGAAGAUCACCCAGCUCUGCAAGACUUCGGACGUAAGCGAAGAGGUUCACAGGCUGGUGAGGGCUAUAAUAAAUGGCCAGGUCUGAGCAGCCCUGUG